AUGGCACCGCAAAAAAACGAAAAGCGUGAACUCGCUCGCGCACGGUUAGCGCGAGAUGCUGCGUUAAAAUCGGUAGUUAAUUUGCAUGUGUUAUCACAAAAGGCGUCUCUUGAUACACAAAGACAGGAGACUUUCUUAGCGCGUUAUGGUUCCCUGGAACGGUUCAGGAACAAUGUUGAAAAGGAACAGCAGAUUAUCAUGUCAUCGUUGGUCGGUCUGGAUCGGGAAGAUGAAUACGUCAACGUCGAUGAGGCUACAUCCGAUAAAUUGGAACAGUUGUGUGGUGACAUUGAGGUGGUUUAUCGUACGUUAAAUAAAUGCAUACCGCCAACACAGUUAAAUUCCGAACGUGUAAAUAAUGCAAAUUCCAAUCGGGCACUAACAUUACCGAAAGUCGAAUUGCCCAAAUUUGACGGCAACGCUGUACAGUGGUGCACGUUUCGUGAUAUGUUUGUGUCAUUGGUACAUAAUAAUAAUGUCCUUACUGAUAUUGAACGUUUUCAUUAUUUAAUUUCGGCAUUAUCGGGUUCUCCUUUAAUGAUCGUAAAAUCGGUUCCGUUGACGGCGGAAAAUUAUGAUAUUGCUUGGCGCGCCUUAAAUGAUCAGUACGACAAUAAACGACAUCUUAUCACCGCGCAUUUGGAUAAAUUAUUUGCAUUCGAGCGAAUUCAACGUGAAUCUGUCCCAGCAUUAAUGUCGUUCAUUAGUACUUUUCGUGAGAACGUCGCUGCGAUUAAAGCAUUGGGUGUCGAUGAUUUGUCGGGUUUUUUAUUAUUUUAUAUUGGCGCUCGUGUGUUAGACACAGAUACUCGGCGCUUAUUCGAAGAGUAUAUAUCGACAGAUGAAAUACCAAAGUUAGACAAAUUAUUAGAUUUCAUAGCGCUCCGAUGCAAAAUUUUAGAAAACAUUGGAACUCAAGAUACAAAACAAUUGAUUAGUAGUAGUGGAUCUAAAAGGAUCAAGGGCGAGCGGUCGUCCGGGAAGACAUCUUUGGCGGUGACUACUACUAAUAAGGCGGUUAAAUGUUCAUUUUGCGAACGCGAUCAUGCUAUGUAUAGAUGUUUUCUAUUUAAAAAGAAAUCGCUAACGGAAAGGCGGGAGUUCGUUGUUAAAAAGAAGUUGUGUUUUAUUUGUCUAAGUAAUGAUCAUAUCGCGAGUGCAUGUUCAUCAACAUACCUUUGUAAAUCUUGCAAUGGACGACAUCAUAUAUUGUUGCAUAUUGAUGCUAAGCGUGGCUUAACGACAAAUAGUAUUGAUUUGGCGAAGUCGGACAACAAAUCAGGUACCGCAAUUAAUAAGGACGAAGGCAGUUCAACAUCCCCAAGUUUUUCAGGUGCAUCGCAGUCAGAUAUACGGUUUGUUUUAGCCACAGCUCUAGUACGUGUAAGGGACAGUUCGGGUGAAUAUGUAGUCAUCAGAGUUCUUUUGGACAGUGGUUCACAGGUUUCUGCAAUCACGACGGAAUGUGCAAAGAGAUUGGGUUUACCACGUUUCAAGACCCGAACAGAAGUUGUCGGCCUCGCGCAGCAGCGGGAUAAAUCAAUCAAGGGUUCGAAUUCAUGUAACUUUAUUCCUUUGACAAUCGAUGAACCGACGUUUACGGCAACUAAUGUCACAAUUUUAAACAAAAUUACUGCGUCAAUGCCUUACGAAAAAUUACCAGAUAGUGUGCGUGAUCGAUAUGGUCAUUUACCAUUAGUAGACCCUGAGUUCGAUACACCGGGUCUUAUCGACAUGCUUGUAGGAGGGGAUCUGUAUCCAUUGGUUUUAUGUUCAAGGUGGAUUACCGUCAGCCCUAAAUACACAACUCGGAUGGGUAAUAGUCGGGGCUUUAAAGGAUUCAGUAACGUCAUCAGCAGUAUCAUUAGUCAUAAAUACCACACCAGCCACACCAUUGAUGAAAUAAUGCAGAAAUUUUGGACAGUCGAAGAACCUCAUGGGUCGGUCAUUUCAACCACGGAAGAUGACAUGUGUGAAAAAUGGUUUAAAACGAACGUGUCACUGGACACUACGGGAAGAUUUAAAGUCGCAUUACCAUUCAAGAAGACUGUAAUGUAA